GGGCACUUGAUUCUUGAAGUACAGCAACUUUUACUUUUUCCAAACCCUCCAAGACCACAGUACUGAGCCCCACUGGUUGAAUUAUCGGUGAUCCUUCUGUGCCGCAUUCACCGACAUGUCAUCACAUUCCUCCGUCGACUACUGCACGGGAUUUCGUACAACCAUGAUAGCCAUUUACAAAGACAAAGACCCAACGUUGAUAGAAUUAUGGGAGCUACUCAGCCUGCUGUUGGGGGCACACAAGAUCAGAUCUCAGUGACAACACUUGCUGUACGCCCUCCCGAGAGGGAGGAUGCACCCUUUCAACAUUGUGUUGGGAGUCCUUUGGCAUUUCCAUUACCUCAGGUGCCAAUGGAUUAUCUACCAUAUUCUGCUCAGACAUCUUCGGCAGCACCUAACGUCCAUCAACCAGGAGCAAUUAUUCUUCGCCCAAUCGUUGCAUCGCAAAUCGGUAGGUAUGAAAGGAAUAUCACUCAAAGUAAAGAUUUCCGUGUGUUCGAAGUUAGCCCAGGGCCGAACAAUUUUACAGAAUCAUCAAUGAAAGUUGCCAAUUGGUUACAGCUCACUCACCCUGAGGGCGCUCGCUUCUUCUUUAACUCGCAUCAGAGAGUCUUCACUGAUCAAAAUAUUUUGGAGAAUGACCUUGCACUUGAUAUUCUGGCUGCAGCCGAGCAAGCCAAUCGAAUGGCAGCAGAGAGUGGCAAUGUUUGCGCGACAAUGGAGCUUGCUAUCGAAAAGCUCUCCGAAGGCGUCUUUGGAUACUAUUUUGUAGAUCAUGAAGCACGGAUUAUCUUCUGGCCAGAGAUCGUCAAAUCCAGAGAACUUAUGAUCCAUGUACGAGGUGUCUCGGACAAGAAUCACAUCAGAUAUGCAUUAGAGGCGCAAUACUGGAAACAUUGCACUCUGUUCCCAAACAUGCGUGCCCUCCCUAGACAGGCAGUGAAUUGUUUGCGAGAUAUCAUUGCUUAUGCUCAUGCCGAAUCAAUCACAUCUCAAACAUCCCUUUCUCCCUUCGACUUGGAUGAGCUAUCAAACAUACUCAGUGUUGUUGAUCAAGUGAAAGAUAACAUCGAAAAAGUCAACGAACACUCUGUCUGUAUCGUUGGUAUGAGAUUCAAAUCUAGUCUUCAUCGAAUGUUCAUAUAUUUGUCUCAAACCACAGCUCGAUACUUGGAUAUGUUCUUUCGGGCCAAAUUUGUCAAUUUCUGUGGGCAGCUUGGUGCCCGUCUUGAUGCUGAUCGAUCGUUAUAUGAUAGUAACAGCAAGAAGCCCCACCCCAUCUUCAUUCGUAUUUUGAACGUUGUUCUGUUCAACUCUCCAGCGAUUCACAGCGAAUCCCUUCACAAUAUUUGGGUGGACAAUACCGUGGUCAAACCUAGGUGGAAGAAGUUCAUCAGCCAAUUAAAUAGCGAGUGGAACAGUUUCACUGUGUUUGUAAGUACGUCGUUGGUCUUUGAAUUUACAGACCUGCUCAUUAUGGCAGUCAACUGUGAUGCUUGCUGUGGAUGUCAGUUUCCUCACAGUUCCUGGAGUAGAUAAUCCCUCCAUUCAGUCAAAACCAGCUGUGACGAUUGUCAUUUACCUGUCCACACUUUGUGCAAUGGGCUCGCUCGUGAUCUCUCUUAUCCUAGCGGGUCAGGUCAGCGACAAUAGACGAAGCUCGGCUGACAGUG